AAGAGAGGACCUGGUGGCGUCCGGGGAGUGGCAGAUGGGCGACGUGCAUGGGUGGAUUUGGCGAGAGGGCAUUUUGUCUGAAGGCACCGGCUUAACCUGCCCUGCUGUUUGUAGAGGGACCGUGUACAACAGGACUUCAAGCAUGCAUCGUGGAGAAUUGCUCUUGAUAAUUUGUGUUCUGACAGCUAAAAGCACCUCAGGGAGAAAUUGUAUUUCACGGCACCAUGUUAGUGUGGUGGAAGGGGAGCCCUUUUACCUCAAGUAUUGCUCCUCUUCAGCCGCUCCGGGCAGGGAAGCAGCCACCCCGAAAUGGUACAAACACGACCCCCUCCACGGGCAUGCUGAGCUGCACCCGGAUGCCUCAGCCCGGGUCACGCUGCACCACGACAUCUUGGAGUUUUGGCCGGUGGAGUUAGAGGACCAGGGAUCCUACUAUUGCCAGCUGGGAAAUGAUACCCAGGAAUGGAAAGUAAACGUUGUCAAAAGAGAUAAGCAGAGCUGUUUUACUGAAAAACAAGUACAAAGUAGACACGUGCGAGUUACCAAAUCUUUGCAGAUAGCCUGCAAUAACAGUCACUAUAAGGAGUGGAUCCACAGGACGGUGCUGUACAAGAACUGUACAAAAAUAGCCGAAGAAAACAAUCGAUUCUACCUAAUGCCCAUACUGAAGAAUGCGGAGUUUGAGGACCGGGGCUACUACUCCUGUGUGUUUUUUCUUCGGCACAACGGAAAACCAUACAACAUCACCAAAACCUUCAACAUAGUGAUAGCUGAAGAUCACAGUAACAUCAUUCCCAUUAUUCUCGGACCAAAACUGACUUCAGUUGAAGUGGAAUUAGGACAAGAUGUGGACCUCAACUGCUCUGCCUUGCUGAUUGAAGAGGACCUUCUCUACUGGAACUUCCAGAAAGAAAAUGGAGCAGAGCCUAAUGUGCACGAAGACAACAGAUCAAGCUCUUGGACGUUAGAAGGCAAACCAUAUGCUUCAAAAAUCCUGAGAAUUCAGAAAAUUAAUGAAAACAAUCUAAAUUUUUUAUACAAUUGUGCUGUGGCGUACCCCGGAAGCAAAGAUAUCAAAAGCUUCGUUUUGUUGAGAAAAGGCAUGGCUGACAUCCCCCGCCACGUCUUCACUGGAGGGAUGACUGUGGCCACCGUGCUCUCUGUGGCAGUGCUGUCCCUGGGGGUCGUGUGCAUCAUUUAUAGAGUGGACGUGGUUCUGUGCUACAGACGCUGGGUGGGCAGUGACGAGACGCUAGCAGAUGGCAAGAUGUACGAUGCGUUCGUGUCCUACCUGAGAGAGCGUGGGCCAGGGAGUGGUGAAGAGUACACGUUUGCCGUGGAGACACUGCCCACGGCACUGGAGGGACACUUCGGGUAUAAGUUAUGCAUAUUCGAAAGGGAUGUGGAGCCCGGAGGAGCUGCUGUUGAUGACCUCCAUUCACUGAUCCAGAAAAGCCGACGGCUGAUCAUUCUCCUCAGUAAGAGCUAUCUGUCUCACCAAGUCAGGUAUGAACUGGAGAGCGGGCUCCACGCAGCCCUGGUGGAAAGGAAGAUCAAAAUAAUCUUAAUUCAGUUUGCACCUGUUGGGGAUGUCCCUCUCUUGCCGCAGUCUCUAAAGCUUCUGAAGUCACACAGAGUUCUCACAUGGAAGGCUGAGGAGUCUCUUUCAUACAACUCGAGGUUCUGGAAAAACCUUCUGUACUUAAUGCCUGCAAAAGCAAGCAAGGCAGACAGGGAUUUGUCCGAGGUUUUGCCGGUGCUUGCUGAAGUGUAUUGAUAUUUGGAACGGCGGAGUAUCUCCAAGACUGGUGCUUCUGGGGACAGAGUGAGGGCCCGCUCAGGGCAGACUCUCCUUUGAAACGCUGAAUGCCCUACAAAGCCUUCUGAAGGAGGGCCUUGUCUUUAGAUCACCAGGGAUGAGACUGGCUCUUGAGCUGGUCCUGUGCUUCUGGAUGACCCUGGGUUUCCCACGGGCUGCAGCUGGUCCUUUCCCUGGCGGCUGCUUGCACCGUUACUGCAGGCAGCAAGCACAGCGGGGUCCCGGGCAGAUGUGCUGCCCAGCAGGCACUACGCUGAGAGCCGCCGGUGCUAGCAGGCCCUUUGGUCUCGGGACUUUACACGCAGGGAGAAGCAUUCUCUGUGAGCCGGUGGGUGGCCGUCCUGGGCAUGCUGCCCUGCGUCCACAUCCCUGGCCCCCUGGAUCCUGGUGGGAGGGGGAAAGGAGCUGCGGGGGUGAGCAGGUGCUGUGGCGGGGGCAGACCCCAGGACAUGCUUCCUUCUCCUGGCCCCUGCGCAAGGCAGCAGUUCCGGGAGCCCCAAGGAGGCCCAGGACAGAGCUUGCUUAUCCAGACCUAUUCUUGGGAAUCUAAAGGAACCCCCAGCACCUUUGUCUUUCAUGAGUGGCCCCAAUUUCAUUUCAGAUAUUCUCAAUGACUUUCAUUUCUAGUGCACUAAAACAGUGAUAGAUGUCAUGUAAAUAAUUAUAUUCAAGAUGGUGCCAGAUCACAUUAGCCAUUAAAUGGAAAAAAUAAAAAGAAAUGUGCCUGCUUGAUUUUUAAAAAAACCUUGGGUCCCAGAAGCCCUGGCAUAGAGGCAGCCUGGCAUGCUGGCUGAAGUGCUGGGCUGCGCAGCCCACCCCCAGCGUCAGUCUUGCUCUUCCUCUGUGGUCGCCGGGGCCUCAUCUGACCUCCCCAUGCCUCAGUUACCCCAUCUAUAAAAUUAGAACUUGUAAUGGUUGUACCUGCUCCCCAGAGUCUACACUCUGCACUUCCGUAGAACAGUUCUAAGAGCUGUUACUUGCUCCUUCACUGGUAAGGAUAUUAGUACCAGAAUUAAUUCUUGCUUGGAUCCAUUACUUAGCAACAGGCUAAAGAGAAGUCACAGGGCAGGGUGUGGCGGCUCAGCAGCUGGGAGGACAGGCUGCAUUUGCAGAUGUUUGCCAAGACACUGAGACAGAGCCGCGGCCUCCCAUGCAGGCGAACUGCAUCCCUAAUGGGGCCCGUGCUGUGCGUCUCCAACACCUCGAAGCAGCAACUGGUCAAGCUGACCACAGGGCCCCGGGCAGCAGCCUCCAGCAGAAGGGGCGGUCACAGAGGCACGAAGGCGCCGGCGUGGAGGACCAGUUAGGGGCAGUGGGUGCAGCGUGGAUGCACUAGGGGAGUUUAAAGCAGAGAUGCAGUCGAUUGUGCUAAAACUUCCGGGAGAAUGAGAUUUCCUCUGCGACAGGGGGAUUUAAUUUUAUAGUGCUUAUGAUUCGGUGUGCUAAUUGGCUGGAUUAUGAAAAUCAAUGAAGGGAUGGCUUAAUAGAAUAAGUGCUUCCCUGGCAAGCUCAAGGGU